ACCAACACCAGUCCAACACAAUUUAUUUUAAGUUUGUGAUUUAUUUCAUUCGUUUAAUUUGGCAUUCAUGAGACUGAAGUAACACAAAACAAAUGUUUUUUGUAGGAUAAAACGGCUUGUCUCUUUUAAUUUACAAAAUAGCAACGUGGCUAGUGACAUUUUGUGCGAUGGCAGCCCUGCGUGGUCGUGUUUUUGAAUCUGCCAAACUGACGUUUCGUUUAACCAACAAUUCGUUGACAUUCAAAAGAAAUUAAAGAAAAAUGAGUUCGUACUUGGCAGAAGUGUUAUCGUCUUGUGAAAAAAUGGAAGUGGAACAAAUUAGACAAAAGUGCCCUGAAGUUGCAAAGUCGGUCGAAACGUGCAGAGGCGAAGUUCUAUCAUACUUGGAAAAUGUGUAUGUACGUUUCAUAGAGCGCCCCAGACAGAACAAAGCGCUCGCUAGUAAAGUAAACCAACUGCAGGACGACGUCGGUGGACUAAUCACGAACGUAGAGCAAAUCACUCGGAAAGAGUUAGACAGAGGCAAAGACGAAUUAGACAAAUACGUAGAGUUGUUAAAACAAUCCAAUAUCGCGCUGUCUUUAGUUUCAGUAGUGUACAACAUUCACGAGGCGCUAAUCGAAAUCACGAAUUUACAACAAAGCGAGUCUUAUUUGGAAUGCAUGACGAAAAUUUUGGGAGUGGAGAGUUUUAUUCAUAAUUUAGACCCGGAUCUUCAGCUACCGGUUGUCCAAGAACUCAAGCUAAAAGUGUCAACAGAGAAAAAUUCGCUCUUGAACACCCUGUCGAAUCUGUUCAAAGACAGCGUCAUUCUCAAUCCUAGUGACAACAAAAGUGUGAUACAAAUAAUGAACGAAAACGAGAAGAUGAAGGAGGUGUUAUCAGCGUUGUAUUUUUAUAAAACGUCUGUCACUCGUCUAGACAACGUGACGAAGUUCUUGUGGAAUCACGUUUUCGUUCCGAUUGUUGAUACCACCACUGAAAUUAAAACUAACGCUGAGAAUGGUUUUGCAACUCUGGAGGUGGUUACAGUGGAUCCUAAUAAAAAAUCGUCUUACGUGGAAGUUUUUGCUAAUAUUAAAACCGUUCUCGAGUUUUUGUUGGCCAAUUUCAAUAUACCCCUGGAUGAGAAAUUGUCAACUUUGAGCUAUAUUGGCAGAGAUAUCAGAGACAAUUUAUCUGAGCUUAUAAUUAAACAUUGCCUUCAAGACACGAUACCGUCGACGCAGGAGGGUUUACAACAGUAUAAAACGGUGAUAGAAGCGACUGAAGAGUUGGAAAAAAGUCUCGUCUUGUCGCAAAUUUUUGCUGAAGAUACAACGUCCAUUUUGCAGUAUGCCAACAACAUUGAUGUUCUGUUUAUUAACAAGAAAUGUCAAGAAUACGUACAGAUGGCGCAGGAACUCAUGAAAAGAGAUUUACACGAUUUGGUGGAAGUUGGUGAAGUUCCAACCAACGGGCUUGAGCUAAGUGAGGAAUUUCCAAGGUGCUCCAUCUCUCGUAGCGUCAUAGAUUUACUGAACCUCUUGGAGAAAAUUCUGCAGCAAGCCACUGACUCGUCUGAGGUCUGCGCAGGGCGCUUAUUUUGCACGGUCAAAAAUAUAAGUCAAAAGUAUAUAACUUUUGUGCCAGACCACCACAAGAAGUUACUACAAACGAUCCCACAACAAAUUGCCGUAUUUUACAACAACUGUUACUACAUUUCGCACAAAAUGUCUGGAUGGAGGGACACCCACCUAAAACAAUUGCCCGUUUUAUUAAACAUAAGCGUGGACAGCUUCGGCGACGACGAGCUCCAGCUCCGCGAAGUCGCCUCCGAGAAAUUCGACGCCUACGUCGACAGCCAGAUCAAGCAAAUCGACGAAAUCAUGAAAGAGUCGGGUCUGCAAAAACCCACACUCGAGCAUCUAGAUCCUUCAACGGAAAAGUGCAUCCGCCAAUGCCUGCGCCAGCAGGAGCUCCUCAAAACCGUGUGGCAUAAGGUGCUGCCCUACACCCUCUACAACAAGACCCUGGGACUCAUUCUGAAUUCGCUGUGCCUGUACUUGGUCAAGACCGUGGUCAAGUUCGAGGACAUCCCGUCGGAUGCGGCGGAACAGUUGGUGGAGUUGUUCAAGAUGGUGCAAACGCGAGCGCCCAAGUUGUUCACGGAUCCGAAAGAAGUGAGCUUGUUUGUGGCCAGCUGGUGCAAGUUGAACGAGUUGGCGUUCGUGCUUAACGCGAGUUUGUUGGAUAUUAACGACCGGUGGGCCGACGGGAAGGGGCCGUUGGGGCUGGAGUUCGAGGCAGAGGAGCUGAGGCAGCUGGUGAGGGCGCUGUUCCAGAACACGGAGAGGAGGGCGGCGCUGUUGGCGAAGAUUCAUGAUUGAUUGUUGAGGUUUAGAAAUAAAAAUUUCAUUUUU